AUGUCAGGACCUGCCGCUGACGCACCCACCACACCCUUCCUCAGCGCCACUAUGGAAGUCCUGGGCGAAACACUCGGGGACAACAUGACCACCGAACAACUCCUCGCCCAUGCUGAAGAAAUAUCAAAAAAGAUCUCUCAGACGUUCUAUAUGAACAAUUUGGGCAACCUCACUGCGAGCUUCAUGGCCGAUUCGUCCAACCCGGGCAUGCGGAGCGCGAUCGACUUUGGGUUUACGGCUAAGUUUGAUGUGGGCUCUACCGGUACAUCUACGUCUGUGAAUACGGAUGCUACCCAUGGUAGCUUCUCGUCAGAAUCGGGCCUCGAUUCGCUACAGGCCAAUGCAGCUGGCCAGAUCCAUAACAGUAGCGGCACGACGACGACAACUACUGCGUCCACCUCCGCUACGGCCAGCAGUAUCCUCUCCGACGUCGAGCUUAUUACGGACGCGGCAUUGAAAGCUCAGGGUUUGCCUGCGGAGAUCCUCCGCAACCUCACGGAGAAACUCUCUCUGUCGGGGUUCCCGCCCCCGCCGUUCUCCUCUGGCCGUGCAGAGCUGGACGCGAUCUUCGCGGCUGGGUACGAGGCCGGACUCAAUGGGGCGGGGUUGGGGCAGUUCCGUGGUACCAGUGCGAGUGGGACGUCGAUUCCUCAGAGCAAGCAUGCACCUUUCUAUCGGCCUCAGUUCCACCAAUCGACCGAAUCACCCCAAGGAGCGUAUAUUGAAGGGACGGUUGUCACGAAUGGGGAGGAUGGUGCGAUGGGGUUGGGUGAUUCUAGUGGUGGUGCUAAUAUUAUGCCUGGCCCCCCUGCCAUGAUGCACGCCCCUCGAAGCUUCGUGAAUGGCGGUGAUCCUGGUGGUGGUGGGGGUGGUGUGGAUAUAAGGAGGCGUGGAGGGAGAGACGAGGAUGAGGAGGAUGAAGAUGGGGACGGGGAUUAUGUGGAUCAUCUCCGCCAGCCUGGUAAUACAAAGAAGAGGAAGGUGCCUGCUAAUGCGGGGAUGUCACCUUUCCGUGGAGGGAGUCAUAGGGAUGACGGGGUUGAUGAGGAUGGGGUGGGUGUUGCUGGGUAUGGUGCGAAACGGGUUGGGCCGGAUGGAGGGUACGAUGAUGAAGGCGAAGAUGGGGGUGGAGGGGGGCUAGGAGGGGAAGGACACACUGGCGAUCCUAACGGAGAUGGUGGCGGGCGUGGAGGUUACUCUCCCUUCAACGCCGCACCUUUAACCACGACGAAAGCGGGUCGCAUGCCUCUCCCCACUCUCUCGACUGUGACGAUGUCCCUUUCGUCCUCUGCUCGCGUCGGACAGCUCAAUGCGAUCGUCAAAGCGCGAGGCAAGUUGUCGGCUGCGAUGGUGGCAGGGUUGCAGCACAAGGAGAUGUUGAAGGCGAGGAAGAGGCAGUUGGCGGCUGUGAUGGGUGCGUUGACGCAAGGGGAUAGUUUUGCGUUGGAUCAGGCGUUGUCGAUGGCGGGGAGCGUGUAUCCGUUUGGAGGGCCUUUGGCCCUUACGGGACCACUUUCCUCAACGUCGAAUAAGGAGAAUGUUGGGGUUCAGGAGGAGGAUAAGACUGCUCAGCAGGUCAAGGUCCGGCUUUCGAAGAGGAUGUCGGCGAGGUUGGCGAGGGAGGUGAGGAUGAAGGAGAGUGUCCAGUUGCCGAGCAACGGGGUUGCUCUGCCUUCGUCCGAGUUUGUGUUCCAAUGUCCAAGUGCGACCGCGGACAGGCUCCUAGCGACGAAGCAAGAGGUGGAAACGUUACGUGGCCGAUUCGAAGCAGAAUUGGAGAGACAAGCUGUCCAAGCCGCCAAGUUGGCCGCUGCUAGCAAGAUGCUCCCGCCUCCGCCCGCCAAUGGGAACGCGAAUGGCGCGCCCGCCCCUGCUACUUCUGGGACUACCAAGUCGAAGAAGAAAUCUGCCCAGGGAGGUUCGAAAACCAAAGGGAACAGUGCGGCGAAGCCGGCACAGCAGCAGCAAGUGCCCCAAGCUCAAUCGCAGCAAACCCAAGGGCGAAAUCAGCAGACGCAAAAGACGGUUGGGGGAAAUCAGCCUCAGCCAACGGGUAAUCACACGCUACUCCCACCGAGCAACAAGAAGAAAAAGAAGAAACGCUCCGCGCUGGCCAACGCGUCCAACCCGCAUCAUUUGAGGAAUUACGUUCCUUCUCGACUUCCGCAUUCCGGGUUCAGUCCUCACCUCGCCAACACGAAUGUGGUUGCCAACUUUUUCGGACCACUUCCUCUGCGUUUCCUCAACGCAGACAUCCCUCCGACGCGGAAUCGGACUGGCGGGACUGGAUCGACCAAGUCCAAAACCAACGCGAGCGAAACUCUCUCGACUUCCUCGUUGAGUCACGUCGGUGCUACUACGGGUACGAGCGAGUGGCUUUGCGCGUUUUGCGAGUAUGAUUUGUUUUAUGGGGAUGAUGUUGCGUUUCGAAGGGCUGUCAAGAGUCGCAAGAAGAUCUUGAAGAGGAGGAGGAGGGCGAAGGAGAGAGCUGCUGCUGCUGCUAGUGGGGUGAAGAGGAAUGUGAAUGCAGCGACCGGUAAUGCGAAUCCUGCGCCUGCGAAUCCGGUGGGUAGUCAUCCACCGGCGCCUGGUGGUGUACCUGCGCAAGCUGGGGAUACGGCAGAUGAGGAGGAGUAUGAGGAGGAGGGGGAGGAUGAGGAGGACGAGGAGUUUGAUGGGGAUCCGGGGUAUGAAGCUGGAGGGAAUGGGAGGGAUGAGUAUGGGAAUUUGCCGAAGCAUCAGACUGUGACGAAGGGUGGGGGUGGGACUGGAGGAGGAGGAGGGGGCGGAGGAGGAAGAACUCAAAAUGGACAGGUCGGUCAGGCUGUUGCUGCGCGUGGAUAG